AUGGCCAGAGGGCCAAUUUACAUCUGGAAUGAGUGGGCAACACAAAUCCUCGUCCUACUUAGCUUUGCACUGCAGAUCUUCCUCUUUGUCUUCGCUAGGACCCGUCGAUGUGGAUCUUCCCCCUUGCUGAGGUUCCUCCUUUGGCUGGUCUACCUCAUGGCCGAUUCGACUGCUAUCUACACACUCGGGCAUCUUUCCAUCAAUGGCAUAUUGCACGAGCACGAGCUGGUGGUGUUCUGGGCGCCAUUCUUGGUCGUGCAUCUUGGUAGCCAAGACACCAUCACCGCCUACGCCCUCGAGGACAACCAGCUUUGGCCGCGCCAUCUGCUAAAUCUUGGCGUCCAAGCCUUUGGGGUUGCUUAUAUCCUAUACAAGCAUAUUGGACAUAUCUCCACCUCAUUGGGAUUGGCUACUUGCUUGAUAUUUGUCAUUGGUCUCAUCAAGUAUGGGGAGAGAAUAUGGGCUCUAAAGUGCGCCACCAUGGACGACAUCCGAAGCUCUAUCAAGAAGUGUGGGCUUCUCCCUACUUACUAUGGUGAUCUUCCGCCGCCCUCGGGAGCGAGCGCAGAAGAGCGGGACGAAGAAGAGCUUUUGUUGUUUGCCCAAGCCAUGCUCCCUCUUUGCAAGGGUGGGAUUAUUAAUUUUCCUGUGGUUUUAAUUUCUCAUCCACAUAAUUCUUCUUCCAACUUGAGCUGGUGUUGGAACUGGAACUGGAAGGCCACCUUUAAAGUGGUGGAGAUGGAGCUCUCCCUCAUGUAUGACAUCCUCUACACCAAGGCUGCAAUCAUCCACAGCUGGUAUGGCUACUGCAUCCGUGUCUUCUUGCCGUUCGGGACCGUUGCGGCAUUUGUAUUGUUUCAAGUAAGUGGUGAUAAAGACGGUUGCAGCAGAAUCGAUGUUGCUAUCACUUACAUCUUGUUGAUAGGUGCCUUCCUCCUAGACAUGUCGUCAAUGUUGAGUGCUUUGGUGUCGACUUGGACAUGUGGUUUCUUUUGGACUAGAAAUUGGAGGCUUGGUUGUGUCAUCAUGUCUCUCCGUCGGUAUUUCAAGGCUGCUACAGGAAAUAGAGGGUGGUCAGGCUCCAUUGGGCAGUUUAACUUGAUGCAUUUCUGCUCUCGUGACAAGAGCAAGCUAAGCAUUAGAGUGUCCAAGAUGAUGAGACUCGAGGAUAUGUGGAACAAAAGGCAUUAUUCUAAGACCCUAGUGAUCUCAGAGGAUGUCGAGGAGUUGGUGUUCAAGCAUGUAUGGCAACUAGUGAAGAAGAUUCAGCAUCCAAGAGCAGAAGAUGUGGAGGAGCCCAAGGCAAUGAUGCCAUCGAUUUCCGAACGGCUGGGCUUUCGUCCUGAAUUAUAUGAUGAUACUGCCAGGAGGCGUAAGAAAUUUGAUGAUGCUCUCUGCUUGAGCGAUGAACUCCAAGAGGUGAUCCUUACAUGGCACGUCUUUACAAAUGUUUUCAUCUUGUGCAGUGUUGCCCCUAAGGAUGCAUCAUUAUUUGCAUAUCUAAAGGCGGUCAAGGCGUUGUCAGAUUAUAUGGUGUUCCUCAUCGUUGUACGCCCUGACACCAUACCUGGUAUCGAGCUACGAAGCCUGUACGAAGCAACCCGUGACGCUCUCGAGGAAAUAUGGCGUACCAAUACCUAUGCAAUAAAAGAGAAGAAUCUUGCCAGCAUCCUGCAAAACAGUAAACAUAGUGAUCUUGGGAAGGCGAGCGUCAUCAUCUCGCACGGAACUUUGUAUGCCAAGCUACUGAUGGAUUUGGUAGAUACAAGCAAUCGCGACAAGUCCGGUGUCAUAUCGUCUUAUGAAGAUAUUGAUCAUGUCGCCAUGGGUAAACUGAAGCAUCUAAUGCUAGACCUGGAAUCCUCAUGCAAAGUUGGUGUCGUGUUUGAUAUGGCCAAAGCGUUGGCGCUCAUCUUGGAUACAUGGGUGCGUCUGCUCGUCUUGGCUUCCGUACGAUCCAGCGGCGAUGCCCAUGCAAGACAGAUCAACCGUGGAGGCGAGCUCACGACCGUUGUCUGGCUCAUGGAGGAACAUGCCAGCGUGUUUUUCAACCCACCCACCGCGGCCGGCUACGAGCGAUAUCGGUCUGAAGGCCGGUUCCAAUGGUACCGAUGCAGUGAUAUAUGCCGUCUCAAGCGUUCCAAUGGUGACAUGGAACAUUAG